UGUCCCUAUAAAAAAGGAGCCGUUUAUCGUUCGUUAUCAACGACGGCGAAACGCCGCCAGAAAUGUUUUCGCCGGCGUUUUUGCUAUUCUCCGAGCCGAGAAGUCAUCUCCAUCAUCAACUCCUACUCCACUAACCCAUUCUCCAUCACCCAUGUCUCUCUUCUUCCAGACCUCCCUACCUCCCCACUCCACCUCUCCUCCCUUCUCUCCCCGAAGCCUCCGCAAUCCCUUCUUCUCCGAGCAGCUAUCACUCUCCCGCCGUCCAUGUCUUCUUCCUUCAUCAGCCCUAUUCACGUCUACACCGGCCCCAUCGCCGGUGAGCAGAACGAAGCCGAAGGAGCUUGUGCUCUCAAACUCAUCGGCGCAGGUCGAGAAGGGCAAGUACAGCUACGAGGUGGAAACCCUAAUAAAUAAGCUCAGUAGUCUCCCCCCUCGCGGAAGCAUUGCCCGGUGCCUCGAGACAUUCCGCGGCCGCGUCUCCCUCUCCGAUUUCGCCCUCGUGUUCCGCGAGUUCGCCCGCCGCGGCGACUGGCAGCGUUCCCUUCGCCUCUUCAAGUACAUGCAGCGCCAGCUCUGGUGUCGUCCCGAUGAGCAUAUCCACGCUAUCCUUAUCGGCGUUCUCGGCCGUGAAUCACUCCUCGAUAAAGCCCGCGAGGUGUUCGACGAAAUGCCAGCCAAUUCCGUUCCCCGGAGUGUGCUCUCCUAUACCGCUAUAAUUAACGCCUACGCCCGCAAUGGACGCCAUGAGCCUGCCCUUCAACUCCUUUCGCAGAUGAAGGCUGAGCGUGUUUCCCCCUCCGUCCUCACUUACAACACCGUCCUCCAUGCCUGCUCUAGGGCGAAUCUACCAUGGGAUGCCCUUCUCAGCCUCUUCGCUGAAAUGCGGCACGACGGGAUCCAUCCCGACAUCGUGACUUAUAACACUUUGAUUGCCGCAGCAGGGGCAAGAAGCCUCGCCGAGCAGGUGGAGAUGGUUCUGAGGACUAUGCUUGACGCAGGUGUCACCCCUGACAAUUCCACACACGCGCACCUCGUUGAUUCAUUCGGGAAGCUUGGCCGGCUUGGGCGGGUUUCUGAGCUUCUUGCUGAGAUGGAAUCUGGCGGCCAUCUUCCUGAUGCUGCAGCGUAUAACGUGCUGAUGGAGGCUCAUGCACAUGAAGGUGAGAUGAAGGACGCCAUGGCUGUGCUGCGGCAAAUGCAAGCGCCUACUGCUGCCACGUACAGCAACCUGCUGAAUCUUUACGGUCGUUAUGGCCGGUACGAAAAUGUGCGGGAUCUUUUCCUGGAGAUGAAGGUUGGAAAUACUGAGCCUGAUGCCUCCACCUACAAUAUUCUCAUUCAGGUUUUCGGAGAAGGAGGUUACUUCAGGGAGGUGAUUACUUUGUUCCAUGACAUGUUGGAGGAGAAGGUGGAACCAAAUAUGGAAACUUAUGAAAACCUCAUUCUAGCUUGUGGUAAUGGCGGCCUCCAUGAAGAUGCCAAAGUUAUUCUGUCACAUAUGAACAGCAAGAAAGUUGUGCCCAGUACCAAGGCUUACACUGGUGUUAUUGAAGCUUAUGGACAGGCAGCUUUAUAUGAGUCAGCUGGAAUCAUGCCUGGUGUUAUAGAACAUUGCUUGUUGCUGUCUGUGUUGGCUAAGAAUGACAGGUGGGGCAAGGCAUAUGAACUUCUGGGUGAAAUGAAAUCAAAGAGGGCUUCUAACACUCAUAAAGUGAUCAGCUCCAUGAUCAAGGGGGAUUAUGAUGAUGAAUCUAAUUGGCAAAUGGUGGACUAUGUUUUUGACAAGUACAACUCUGCUGGUUGUAGUUUGGGUUUAAGAUUCUAUAAUGCUCUUCUAGAUGUACUAUGGUGGUUUGGCCAGAAGGAGCGUGCCGCACGAGUUCUUAACGAAGGGACGAGAAGAGGACUCUUCCCGGAGCUUUUUCGUCGGAGCAAACUCGUGUGGUCAGUUGAUGUGCAUAGGAUGUCUGUCGGUGGUGCUCUUACAGCGAUAUCUGUUUGGCUUCAUGACAUUCAUAAAAGAUUUCACAUUGGAGAAGAUCUUCCUCAUCUGGCUACAGUUGUGGUGACGCGAGGAGCGAUGGAGAAGAGUGCAGCAGCUAGGGCAUUACCUGUGGCAAAGGCGGCAUAUUCAUUUCUCCGGGAUAAUGUUUCUCAGUCCUUCCAUUUUCCUGGAUGGAGCAAAGGCCGAAUCGUCUGCCACCGCUCCCGGCUCAAGCGCCUGCCAUUAAUGGCGGCCGAAGAAUCUUCAGAGGCUUCCAUCAGUGCUCUGAUUCCCAUCACCAAUCUGAACUUCCCGCUUCCUGGUACUCGACUCAACACUUUAGGGAUUGAGAGCAGAGAAGAGGGGGUAGGUGAUGAGGGAUGAAGAAGGAUGAAGGUGGUGAGUUCUUUUGCAAAGGGAGAGUUUAUAGUUUGUUUUCCUCUCAUUUCAUGUAAUUCUUGUAAAUGUUUAGGGGUAAUUAUCUAAUAAUUUAAUUAUAAUCUCUGAUCAUUUAGUUAU